GCGAGGACACGUGGGGAUUGUUUCCCGAACGCCGCAAACGAGAGAUAAGAGUGACGUUUGAACGUUCGGUUCAUUCGUUUUCGUCGCCGGAUGCCGUUGAAUCCCGUUGAAUUUGAUAAAGCGGUCCUUUUCUUUCGUAAUUGUCGAGAAAGUCAAUCGAGCGUUCAACAUGGUCUUCGUGGGGUUACCGGAGACUACCGCCUACUUCUGGACGAAGAACAGAAGGGCAACGUACGGUACCUGGCCUUUCGAGGACUCCGAUAAGUGCAACGCGGAGCGUAUGGCUGCCGCUGGAUUUUACGUUAUUGGGGACAACAAAGAGCCAGACUUGGUCGAAUGUUUCAUUUGUGGCAAGCAGCUGGAUGGUUGGGAGCCGAACGAUGAUCCGUGGAGCGAGCAUGAGAAGCAUCAGUCGGAUUGUCCGUUCGUCAAAUUAAACAAGCAAAAUGAAAUGGAAUGGACAGUGAAUGAAUUAUAUGAUUUAUACCGAAAGUACAAGACGAAAGAAUUAAAGAACGAAGUGAAAAGAAGUGUCGAGACUCUGAAAGAUAAAGCGGCACAGUUAACGAACGAGCUGUUUGUACACAGAUCAUCGCACAAGAAUAAGAAGAGCACCGCAUUUGAAUUUUCGUUCUUCGCCGGGACGCCGUUGAAUCUCGUUGAAUUUGACAAGGCUGUCAUUUUCUUUCAUAAUUGUCGCCGACAAUUGUCGAGGAGAAUCAAUCGAGCGUUCGAGAUGAUCAUCGCGGAGAUACCGAACACUACCUCCUACUUCUGGAAGCGAAACAGAAGCGCAACAUACAGCAGCUGGCCUUUUAAGGACUCUGACAAAUGCAACGCCGAACGCAUGGCUGACGCUGGAUUUUACGUUGUUGGAGACAGCAACGAGCCGGACUUGGUCGAAUGUUUCAUGUGCGGGGGACAAUUCAGUGGUUGGAAACCGGACGACGAUCCAUGGCGCAAGCAUAUGAAGGAGUAUCCAUUGAUCUGUCCGUUUGUUAGAUUCAACAAGCCAGACGAGAAUAAAUGGUCGAUCAAAGAGCUAUGUUCUUUGUGUAAAGAGUACAAUAUAAAAGUUGAUAUGGACAAUGUGAAAGAGAGUCUCGCCAAAGUGAGAGCUGACAUGGAACGAAUAAUGCACAAGCAAUCUAUAGAUAGGAUAUUAAAUCAAGACAAAUAUAGAAAAAGACCUUAUCGUAUUAUCAACGUGUAGAUAGUCUUAAAUGUUACACUGGAUAGCAAUUGCUAUCAAUAUUAUUAUAAUGUAACAUCCGUUCUACUUUAGAAAAUUUGAAUGUUUAAAGAUAUUUUUGUGAUACUUUUCUUAAAAAAUAUAUUGUGCGCACACAAUUGA